AUGGGGAACGUUCAGGGCUGCCUCCGCGGGGGCAGGUAUCGUGUCGUUCACGGCUCGGCGGAUACCCAAGAGACCACCUUCAACAUGGACGGCGACGUGUCCAACGCCACUUCGGGUGCUCACACAGCCACUCUGAUGUACAGCCAAGACCUGAGCGCCGAUCAGCAAGAUGACAUUCCAGCCUCACAGCGGGAAGCCAUCUACAAACAGGUCCAAAAUACAGUUUCCAAACUUGAGCGCACCGACUCGGUUGACAACAUGAUUACGUGCUGCAUCUGCCUGGACACCAUGUUCGAGCCCGUCCGUGCUCCCUGCAACCAUACCUUUUGCCGCGUUUGCCUGCGACGCCUUCUUGAAUACGAAGGAGCCACGCCGUCUUGUCCAAAGUGCCGAUCCAGCCUGGCCCGCUUGGAUCCCGAUCAACUUGAGAUUGAUCUCAAACUUCUGCACACCAUCCAAUUCAACUUUUCAGAAGAGCUCGAAGGUCGCCAAGCCGAAGCAGAAGAGGAAGAGCGUGCUUAUCAACGGGCCCGAGAGGACCGCUUACGUCGUGAACGACUCAUGGAUUCGGACCCCCUGUCGCUCAUGUUCGAGUCUGAAGACGACACAAAUCGCCGCCGCGUCCUCCAGCGUGAUCUUCAACUUCUUUCCAGCCUGGGCUUCUCCGUCGUCUUGUGCCAAAAGGCACUGUUCGUGGCCUCUGGCGUCCACGCCGAGGCUCUGCAUUGGCUGAUUCGCCAUCAACAUCUUCCCCACGCCAACAUUCCUUGGAACAUGACUCAGCUCCAGGAGCAAAUGGCCGUCCGUAACACUCGCCGAAACGCCAUCGAACAGAUCAUGAUGCCUACCCUGGAAAAUGUCGUGUCAGGUCGACUCCAGCUCACCAUCAGCAGCAUGACUCUUGCCAGCACUAUGGGCGAUGCAGUCUGGUGCAUGACGUCCUCGGGAUUCCGUGCCUUUCACCAGCCCGAACUCGUUCUACUUCUCAAGUGUCACCCGAGUGUGGAGCCUGAUGAGCAAGACCCUUUUCUGGGAGAUCCGAUGAAUCGCGGUUUCCUUCUCUGUGCUGACUUUGGCCAGCAAUUGCAGGGCGUACCCUUGCCCAAAGUGCAACAUCUAUUUAUGAUUCUGCUGCGAGGCCCAGACCUAGAAUUUGCCACCCGUUACCCGGCCCACUAUCUGCUCAGAUGCGGUCGACGGUGUCGCACCGAGUAUCCCUAUCCCCUGGUGACGGAUCGUACAGAAGUGCCGGUCUGCAAUGUGCGCAGUCUCGCGCGCAUGGCCUACCUUGAUGCCGCGGUAUGGUGA